UUCGUUCCCUUCGUUCCUAGGUAUUCACAUAUUCGCCUUUCUGUUUCCUUUCUGUCCUUACCUCCUGAGGUUUGCCAAUUCUAGAAUAUCCAACUGUAGUGGCUACUCAUGGCAUUGUAAAUAACCAUCACCACGAGAUUGCCCCGCGAAGGACCCGGAUAUCCCGGAUCGGCCGGAUCUCUUCGAGACCUAGCCUUCGGAGCGCCCAAGUGCGACACUCGCAACUUUCGCGCGCCCGAAGAUGGCCUUCCUCCGUCAGACAUGGACCUUGACGGCCAAAAAUCUCAAGAUUAUCGUUGUCCGCCAUUCUCUAGCGACUGUCAUUCGAGCAUUUAUCCUUCCCAUCAUCCUCGCCGCCUUUUUGACUUUCGCCCGAUAUCUAUUUGUCUCGCCAUCUCAAUAUGGCCUUGGUGACCCGAACCCCGUGCGAUCACUGCCAGAUGCGCUUCGAAUAGCCUCCUCUGAUGGUCGCAACAAAGUUGGCUUCGUUAACAGUGGAUUUACUGGUGGCGAUAUCGAUCAGAUAAUAGAUACUCUGGUGGACCAGGUCACCAGUGUGGGUAAAGAUGCCGUCAGAUUAUCGCAAGUUAGUGAACUUGCUACAGAGUGUCGAAGCACAUUGCGUGGGAGCUCAACUUGCUACGGCGCCGUAGUCUUCAACUCUUCGCCUAACGAGGGCAAUGGUGGCAUCUGGAAUUACACGCUUCGCGCUGAUGGCGCCCUGGGCUCCAAAAUCUACACGGACCAAGAUGACAACGAUUCUGAAGUCUACACGCUUCCUCUCCAAAGAGCUGUCGACUCCGCUAUCGCUAACCUCGGCGCAUCGAACGAUAGAGGCUCUCGCCCCCUCCCCGGAACUGUGGAUGAGUACCCCUUUACCACUCUGACCGACAAGGAACGUCAGCAAGAAAUCCGACGACGAUACCAGAGCUCCUUAACCAACUUUCUGGCUGUCGCCUUCGUCCUCGUCAUCAUUGGUGUAUGUUACCACAUGACGGGCCACAUGGCUACCGAGCGAGAAAUCGGCAUGUCACAGCUUCUUGACGCUAUGAUGCCUACCAAAUACCUUUGGCAAGCCCAACUCGCCAGAUUACUGUCCCACCAUAUCUCUUUUACGAUCGUAUACCUGCCUGCGUGGGUAAUUGGCUCUAUCAUAAUUGCGCGAGGGGUUUGGGCACACACUAACGUCGCCAUUGUGCUUAUAUAUUUCAUACUCGCUGGCCUUGCUUUCACCUCACUCUCAAUUCUCGGCGCCGCCUUUUUCAAAAAGGCACAACUCUCUGGCGUCGUUACGACAAUUGUAUAUAUUCUCCUGGCUAUUCUCGCGCAGACUCUGACUUCCCCGAAUACUGCCACCGUUGCGGUGCUCAGUCUGCUCUUUGCUCCAUGCAAUUUUGUUUGGUACCUGACUUAUAUUGCACGAUGGGAACGCAAAGCGCUCCCCGCGGACCUUACGCGAACGCCUCCGGACAAUCCAUGGGAUCUACCCGGCAUUGUAUUUUGGGUUUUCUUGAUCAUCCAAAUAUUCGCAUAUCCCGCCCUUGGUGCCUAUCUAGAGCGAGCUUUUCAUGGGACCACUACUCACGGGCGUACUAUCAUGCGUGAUCAAACUACAGACACAGCCCCGGAAGAUGCCGUUCGCCUCGAUGGCUUUACCAAGAUCUAUAAGCCCAGCGGUCUGCGCCGCCUUUUCUCCUUUAUUUCGAAGCCUAGGGAUCCAGUUAUAGCAGUGAACGGCCUUACAAUGACCGCUAGGAGAGGUCAGAUUCUUGCACUACUCGGCGCCAAUGGAAGUGGGAAAAGUACAACCCUCGAUUCUAUUGCUGGCAUUAGCAAGUUAACGAGCGGCAACAUUACGAUUGAUGGCACUGGAGGAUUAGGCAUUGCGCCCCAGAAGAACGUUCUAUGGGACGAGCUGACUGUGGAGGAGCAUAUUCAUAUCUUUAACCGGCUGAAAUCCCCGAAUAACGUCGCCUCGAGGGAUGAGAUUCGAGAUCUCGUUACUGCUGUGGAUCUUGCACCAAAAAUAAAGGCAAUGUCCAAAACUCUUUCGGGAGGACAGAAACGGAAGCUACAACUUGGUAUGAUGUUAACGGGCGGCAGUGCUGUAUGCUGUGUUGACGAGGUUUCGUCUGGUAUCGACCCUCUAUCCCGACGAAAAAUCUGGGAUAUUCUACUUGCAGAACGCGGCAAACGAACAAUCAUUCUAACCACACAUUUCCUUGACGAGGCAGACUUGCUUGCAGAUCACAUCGCGAUUCUUUCCAAGGGCACGCUCCGAGCUCAGGGCUCAUCCGUUGAGCUCAAAGACCGUCUAGGCGCGGGCUAUCGUAUUCAUGUCUUCAAUGCUAGAGAUAUCAAAGAGUCGCCAGAGGUCGAAGGAGUCAAACGGGUCGUGUCAUUUGAUGUAAUUAGUUACCUAGCGCCUACUUCACACCUCGCCGCACAAGUUAUCCGCACAUUGGAAGCUGCAGGUAUUUCCGACUACAAGUUCUCCAGCCCAACCAUCGAGGAUGUGUUCCUCCAGGUUGCUGAAGAAGUCAGAAGCGAGAGUGUGAAGACUCCUGACUCGGAUUCAACUGAUGAAAAACAAAUAAGCACAGCAAAAGUGAGCGCUAUUGGCGGUGAACCUGAGAAAGACGCGCUUGAACUGCUCUCAGGCCAACCGAUUGGCUUCUUCAGGCAGACCGUGGUACUACUUCAAAAACGAUGUACCGUUUUCAAAAGCAAUUGGUUUCCCUAUGUUGCCGCUUUGCUUAUCCCUAUUAUCGCCGCCGCUCUAACCUCUCUUUUCGUCAAGAACCAAGCCCCAGGCGGCUGCCGUCCUACUAAUGACCAGUCUGCCGGUGAUAACGCCGACUACACCGAACUCCUUGACAGUUUGUUCCUAGGCGCAGGUCCUUCUUCGGCAUUCACACCCGCUGCACUCAGCCUUUUCGCAUCUGUCUACCCUAGCAUGAGCAGUGGAUCAACUGGGAAUAUGCAAGGCGCAACAUCUAGUUUUACCCAGGGGCUUCAUCUUGUCGACACCUUCUCGGAGUUCAACGAUUUCAUCGUGGAAAACCGCAUGAACGUCACACCAGCUGGUUGGUGGCUCGGGGACAAGAAUUCUCCGCCAACAGUCGCUUACACGGCGGAUUUCCUCAGCGCGUCUACUGCUCUGUUUGGACAGAAUGCUCUGAACAUCAUGCUAUCGAAUACGAGCAUCGCGACCACAUUCGCCGCAUUCAGUACUCCUUUUAUCCCUGGUACUGGCAAUUCCCUUCAACUUCUAACAUAUCUCUCCCUUGCGUUGGCUGCUUAUCCCGCCUUCUUUGGCCUCUAUCCAAACGUGGAGCGUCGGCGUAAUGUUCGUGGGCUUCAGUACUCUAAUGGUGUGCGCUCGCUCCCGCUUUGGGUUGCACAUACGACCUUCGACUUUGUCAUCGUCCUCGUUUCAUCAGCCAUUGUCACCGCCAUAUUCGCGUCGGUAUCAGAUGUCUGGUAUCACGUCGAAUAUUUCUUCUUGAUCCUCUUCCUCUACGGCCUCGCGUCAAUCUUGCUCUCAUACGUGAUUUCGCUAUUCUGCAGUAACCAACUGUCGACUUAUGCAUUCUCCGCCGCCGGACAAGCUGUGGGGUUCCUGAUCUACCUUAUUGCUUAUCUCGUGGUGCAGACAUACGCGCCUAUCAACACGAUUGAUUCCUCUUUAUUAAUUGUUCACUUCGUCGUCUCGGUAUUUUUCCCCAUCGGAAGCAUCGUCCGUAUGCUGUUCGUGGCCCUCAAUUUGUUCUCUACGGCUUGCGACGGUCAAGACCUCCGCAGCAAUCCUGGAUCAAUCCUGGCCUACGGAGGACCUAUUCUAUACCUGAUUAUUCAAUCUAUCGUAUUGUUCGGCAUCCUACUUUGGUACGACAGCGGUGCUGGCCGUACAGUGCUCGCUCGAAUAUUCCAAAGGAGCGCUAAAGCAAAUAACGGCGAUCCUGACGCUUCAGAUGAAGAAGUUGCGAACGAGCUUGCCCGUGCCACUAGCAGCUCUCAAGAUACGGAUGGGCUGCGUGUGUUGCAUUUAACCAAGUCAUUCGGCAAAUUUACGGCGGUCGAUAAUGUCACGUUCGGCGUCCAGCAUGGCGAAGUCUUUGCCUUGCUUGGCCCUAACGGAGCUGGUAAAUCAACAACAAUUUCUUUAAUCAGAGGUGAUCUCCAACCCAGCCCCAAUGGAGGCGAUAUUUUCGUUGAGGACGCUUCCGUUGUUCGCCAUCGUGCUUCGGCUCGUUCUCACCUAGGUGUCUGUCCUCAAUUCGACGCUAUCGAUUCGAUGACAGUUCUUGAACAUUUAAGAUUCUACGCUCGCAUACGGGGUAUACCAGAUAUCGAGCAUAACGUACAAUCAGUUAUUCGUGCCGUCGGCCUCGAGGCUUUUGCGACACGGAUGGCACACGCUCUAUCCGGUGGUAACAAGAGAAAGCUCUCCCUCGGCAUUGCUUUGAUGGGCAACCCAAGCGUGGUGUUACUAGAUGAGCCGUCUUCGGGCCUAGACGCCGCCGCCAAGCGAAUCAUGUGGAAAACCCUAGGUUCCAUCGUGCCUGGCCGAUCCAUCCUACUCACCACCCACAGCAUGGAGGAAGCAGACGCUCUCGCAAGCCGUGCUGGUAUCCUCGCUAAACGCAUGCUCGCCCUUGGCACAAUCGAUAACCUGCGAGAGCGAUUCGGCGAUACCAUUCACGUCCACCUCGUCAGCAAGUCCGCGCCACAUUCGACGGACGAGGAGAUGGAACACAUGCGCGAGUGGGUGCUGGAGGCUCUCCCUGGCGCCGAGGUAGAAGCCAAGACAUACCACGGACAAAUGCGCUUCUCAGUGCCGGCCAACUCGAUCACAGGCCGCGAUAGCACCAGCGGGAGCGCAGUGGGUCGCCUCGUCAUUAUGCUUGAGGAGCAGAAGGAGGCGCUCGGUAUCGAACAUUACACGUGCACGCCAACGACGCUCGAUCAGGUGUUCUUGACCAUUGUCGGCCGACACAACGUACAAGAAGAAGGAUACACGGAGAAGAAGAAAAAGUCGUGGUGGAAGAAAGGAUGAGAUAAAGCUGAACACGGGCUUUGCUCUGUUUAUAUAUAGUAGGAGAUAUGUGUGUGUUUGUGCAGCGAUUGCAUAGGUAUAUACACAAUAACUAGAAGUAGAGUGGCUAGGGAGGUGGGUUUGAUUCACUCGACGCAUGCAAGCAUAUGUGUCGCGGACGGCGU